CUUGCGGACGUAGAGGAUUAUCGGUGAAAACAUCUCUGAUUGUUUUUAUUUGUAAAAAUGGCGUAUACACUUGCAGCUGAUGGAAGCCAUAAUUCUGAACAUGAUUCAGAGUCUGAUGAUGACGAAGUCGUUGAAACAAGUCCCUGUGGAAGGUGGGAAAAAUACAAAAAACAGAUAAAUGUACCAUGCAAUGUUCCUGGUAUAGACAGUUCUUAUCUUGCAAUGGACACUGAAGAAGGUGUUGAAGUUAUAUGGAACGAAUUGAUGUUUUCUGAAAUUAAAGCCUGGAAGAAAAAAGAGGAAAUAUUCAAGAAAAUAUUUGACAAUCUUUCGAAAUUAAUUCAUCCAAAUAUUGUUACUUUUCAUAAAUAUUGGGUUGAUGUUAAAGAAGAGUACGCUAGGCUCAUAUUUAUUUCUGAGUAUAUGACUUCUGGGUCAUUGCAACAGUUUCUCAAGAAAACAAAAGCUAAUGUGAAGUAUUUUAACAUCAAGGCUUGGAAACGAUGGUGUCAGCAAAUUCUAUCUGCUUUAAGCUUUCUUCAUACAUGUGAGCCUCCAGUUGUCCAUGGUAACUUAAACUGUGAAACUAUACACAUUCAACAUAAUGGUCUCGUAAAGAUUGAAACAGUGGCUCCUGAUGCAAUUCAUAACUAUGUUAAAUCAUUCAAACAUCCUGGAAAACAUGUCCAUUUUGUUGCACCAGAAUAUGAUGGUGAAUCUCUUUUUUCAGCUUUGUCAUCAGAUGAAUUUGGAAAAGGUACUUCUCAUCAUCCUAUUAAUUGUGCUGCAGAUGUGUACUCUUUUGGUAUUGUUGCACUUGAGAUGGCAACGCUACAUUGGGUAGAAAAAACAUGUACGGUUACACCAGAAAUGAUUAAAUUAGCCCUUGACAGUUUGGAAGAUUCAACCCAAAGGGAGUUUAUUGAAAAAUGUCUUCAAAAAAGUCCCGAAAACAGACCAACUGUUCACCAACUUCUUAUGCAUCCAAUCUUGCUUGAGGUAUAUUCAUUGAAGCUUUUAGCUGCACAUGCACUUUCUGAAAUAGAUUAUGUAAAAAGUCUGCAGGAAUUUAUGAGUAGAGAUCCUGACAGGGUUAUGGCUGAAAUAGUAUCACCUGGCAACCAUGCAAAUGUUUUAUGGUUAAAUUCAAAAGUACAACCAUUUGAAGUUGAAAAGUUUUUAGAAGAAAUUAAGACUGGCCUGUAUCCUUUAACGGGUAUGGAAUCCAGAAAGAAGAAAACCGAGAUAAGACCUCAGUUAAAUCCAUCUCGCCCUAAAUCUCCUGAGGAUAAUAAUAAUAAUCAAGGAAACGAGGACGAUGAAAACAAGCCAGAAACUAGAUUGAUUAUACAAAUUUCUUGUGCUGUUAAACUACAAGACGAAGAAAAACAUCUUACACUUACAUUACGUUUUGAAGAUAAAAUGAAUAGACAGCUUUCAUGCAAAGUCAGCCAAAAUGAAACAAGUAUGGAUCUCGCAUGUGAGCUUGUAAAAUAUGGUCUUAUAAAUGAGAAUGACUGUGAUCAAGUUGCUAACAAAAUCGAGGAAUGUUUGCACCCGUCGUAAGAAAUACUUGCAUCCGUCUUAGGGAGCAAGUUAAAAUUUUUAAAAACAUUUGAUAGGGCGUUGCUAUCACUUUCACCACUAUAUCGCUAUCUUCAUUAUUCAAGUUUGAUAUUACCCAAAUGAGCUUUUAAUAAGCUCCUCAUAUCCAGAUUUUUUAUUUAUGCCUGGUUAUUUUACGUCCGUGCGUAUUUUUGCCUGUAACCUGUUAUAUUUACAAUAAAUCAAUUUAUUUAUAUUUUUAUUGUUAAAUAUUUUUAUUAAUUACAAAUGUUUUUUAUUUUUCUUUAAAUAUUAAAUAUGCAAAAUAAUUUAUGCGUUAUAAAUAGACGUUAAAUUUGUAAAUUUUAGAUAUGUAAAUAUGAUAUUGUUAUGUAAAUAAUAUAAAACAAAAACCCAAAA